GCUCAAAAGUUCAGAAGUUUUUCCCAAUGCUUCCUUAAGCGGCCGGCGCAAGGGACCGGGAGAGGUGACGCGGGGGCCCGGGAAGGCGGCCGGCGCGCUGCCCCCGCCCCUGGUUAUUUGGCCGCCUUCGCCAGCAGCCCCGAGCAGUGUCUCCUGGAAGGCGCAGGCUGUGCGACGAGCGGGGCGCCUUCUUGUUUUUUUUUUUUUUUUUUUUUUUCUUUUUUUUCCUUUCUGUUUUUGUUUUUUUUUUUUUGGAUUUUUUUUUUUUUUUUUUUUAACUUUCGUCUCUUUUUCGCUCCGGCUGGGCCCUCAAGUCGCUCUGAGCGUUCCUCCGAGGCGACCCUCCGCAUCCCCGUCCGGCCCUCUCCCGGUGCGGACACCCUCCCUCUCGCCGGGUGCGCGGGAAGCGAGGAGGGGGGCGGGGAGGAGGAGUGCGAGGCGCCGGGCGAGCGCGGGGAGGAGAGGCCGAGCGGGGCCGCUCCCCCCCCCCCCCCCAACCCUCCCGGACUCCAGGAGGCAGCGGCCGCGGCCCGGACGGGAGCGGCUCGGCUCGGCGAGGCCCGGACUCCGCGGACGACUCGGCGGCGGCCCGGGCCCGAGCGAGGGCGAAGGGGGUCGGCGGGCGGGCGGCGCCUGGCGGGCGGCGAGCCGGGGCCAUGCAGGCGCGCUACUCCGUGUCCAGCCCCAACUCCCUGGGAGUGGUGCCCUACCUCGGCGGCGAGCAGAGCUACUACCGCGCGGCCGCGGCGGCGGCCGGGGGCGGCUACACCGCCAUGCCGGCCCCGAUGAGCGUGUACUCCCACCCGGCCCACGCCGAGCAGUACCCGGGCGGCAUGGCGCGCGCCUACGGGCCCUACACGCCGCAGCCGCAGCCCAAGGACAUGGUGAAGCCUCCCUACAGCUACAUCGCCCUCAUCACCAUGGCCAUCCAGAACGCCCCGGACAAGAAGAUCACCCUGAACGGCAUCUACCAGUUCAUCAUGGACCGCUUCCCCUUCUACCGGGACAAUAAGCAGGGCUGGCAGAACAGCAUCCGCCACAACCUCUCGCUCAACGAGUGCUUCGUCAAGGUGCCCCGCGACGACAAGAAGCCGGGCAAGGGCAGCUACUGGACGCUCGACCCGGACUCCUACAACAUGUUCGAGAACGGCAGCUUCCUGCGGCGGCGGCGGCGCUUCAAGAAGAAGGACGCCGUGAAGGACAAGGAGGAGAAGGGCCGGCUGCACCUCCAGGAGCCGCCGCCGCCGCCGCCUCCCGCCGCCCGCCAGCCGGCGCCCGCGCCCCCGGAGCAGGCGGAGGGCUCGGCCUCCGGGCCGCAGGCGCCGCCCGUGCGCAUCCAGGACAUCAAGACGGAGAACGGUACGUGCCCCUCGCCGCCCCGGCCCCUGUCCCCGGCCGCCGCCCUGGGCAGCGGCGGCGCCGCCUCCGCGGUGCCCAAGAUCGAGAGCCCCGACAGCAGCAGCAGCAGCCUGUCGAGCGGGGGCAGCCCGCCGGGCAGCCUGCCGUCGGCGCGCCCGCUGGGCCUGGACGCCGCCGCCGAGCCCGCGCCGCCGCCGCCCCCCGCGCCGCCGCCGCACCACGGCCAGGGCUUCAGCGUGGACAACAUCAUGACGUCGCUGCGGGGGUCGCCGCAGGGCUCGGCCGCGGACCUCGGCUCGGGCCUGCUGGCCUCGGCGGCGGCGGCGGCGGCGGCGGCCGCGUCGUCGCGCGCGGGCAUGGCUCCGCCGCUGGCGCUGGGGGCCUACUCGCCGGGGCAGAGCUCCCUCUACAGCUCCCCCUGCAGCCAGAGCUCCAGCGCGGGCAGCUCGGGAGGCGGCGGAGGCGGUGGCGGAGGUGGCGGAGGCGGCGGAGGAGGCGGCGGCGCGGGGGGCGCGGGGGGCGGCGGCACCUACCACUGCAACCUGCAGGCCAUGAGCCUGUACGCGGCGGGCGAGCGCGCGGGCCACCUGCAGGGCCCGGCGGGGGGCGCGGGCGGCGCCGCGGUGGACGACCCCCUGCCCGACUACUCGCUGCCCCCGGCCACCAGCAGCGGCUCCUCGUCCCUGGGUCACGGCGGCGGCGGGGGCGGCCAGGACGCCGGCCACCACCCCGCAUCCCACCAGGGCCGCCUCACCUCGUGGUACCUGAACCAGGCAGGUGGAGACCUGGGCCACUUGGCGAGCGCGGCGGCGGCCGCGGCGGCCGCGGGCUACCCCGGCCAGCAGCAGAACUUCCACUCGGUGCGGGAGAUGUUCGAGUCUCAGCGGCUCGGCUUGAACAACUCUCCGGUGAACGGGAACAGUAGCUGUCAGAUGGCUUUUCCCGCCAGCCAGUCUCUGUACCGCACGUCGGGGGCUUUCGUCUAUGACUGUAGCAAAUUCUGACCCCGUCCUCCACGCACACACCCCGGAGCCGAACGGAAUAGAAGCCCAGGGCAGGAACAGUUAAAAGAACCCAGCAAUGCAAAAUCGAAACCAAAAACAUACAAAUUUUAAAACUUGAGGAGAUUCAGCACACCAGCGAACAGAAUCUCUCCCGAAGUUCAACUCACCAGCACCAGCUCAGAGAAAACCUAUUUUCCUAAAAGAUUAACGCAGAGCCUCCUCCGCUGUGCCUUAUCUAAGUAAGCAAAACCAUAGACUGUUUUGUACAGACAGCAAAAUCAUGGUUUAUUAAAGGACAGUUUACUCCAGAUACCACGUAAGUUUGUUCUUGCGUUCAGAGAUCCGCUUUCCUUGCCCCUCUGCCUCUGCCUUGCCUCUCACCUGUAAGAUAAUAUUUUAUCCUAUGUCGAAAGAAGGGGGGAGCCCCUGUUUAUGAAAAUCGCUUUCUUUUUAUUCAUGGACUUGUUUUUAAAUGUAAAUUGCAACAUAGUAAUUUAUUUUUUAAUUUGUAGUUGGAUGUUACACGGACCAAACACCAGAAAGUGUUCCAAAAGCUUUUAAAGUUAAAUUGCCUGAAACUUUAAAAUGUGCCUUUCCUCUCAUUAUAAAAAGGGAAACUGUAUUAAUCUCAUUCUAUCAUCCUUUUUUUGUUGAUCAUAUCCAUUGUUUGUUUAUUAAUAAAUUGCCAUUCAGUUUGAAUAAGACCUAUAUGUCUGGAUACUUUAAUACAGCUUUAAUAUAAAGAAAAGAUUUCAAAGUGGAAA